AUGUGUGAGACUAAUGUUGCUGUUUAUAGACAAAGGCCUCAGUCACGUAUUUAUGGUGGUCGAACGGCAGCAUCGGGACAAUUUCCAUAUCAGGUACUGCUAAAUUGUAGAGCAAAUGGUCAGAUAAGAACAUGUGGUGGCGCAAUUAUUUCGCGGAGUUUUAUUUUGACGGCAGCACAUUGUGUUGAAGAUUACGAGUAUACAGCAGAGGAUAUAACUGUUCGUGCGGGCUCUGUCAUGUAUGAUGAAGGAGGCGUUUUACAGGGUGUUUCGGAGGUAACAAUACAUCCUCAAUAUCACAAUUUUACCAACGAUAUCGCUAUACUAAAAUUGAAUAGCCCAUUGAAGUACAACGAGGCAAUAAAAUAUAUAAGACUUGGAAAAACGCAGGUACCUGAAGGUGCGUCAGUUACCGUGAGUGGCUGGGGUCUAUCACCCGUUGGUACAUUGCCUGAACAGUUGAAAUACAAUACGGAGUAUACUAUCAGCCAUGAGGAAUGUGAAAAUGCGAUAGGUACUUUGGCGCAAUCAAUGAGAUGCUUUAAAAAACGAGUAGGCAAUGGCAUCUGCGAAGGUGAUUCCGGCGGUCCGGCAGUUUAUGGCAGUGAUCUUAUAGGUGUGGCUGCAUUUACCGUGAAUGGUUGCGGCAGCAACUUGCCCGAUGUGUAUACGGAUGUGGUUGCAAAACGAAAUUGGAUACUUCAACAUAUUAAAAGUCAGAAACUUUAA